GAAUUCCCUUUGCCAAUUGGCAAUAUCCCCUCUGAGCUCCUCCCUAUAAAUACCUUUCAUGAGUUCUCUUUAUUAACCCAUUUCUUUUCUCUCCACUUCAAACCCAUUGAAGCUUUCUUUUGUGUUUUCUCUGAGCUAAUUUCAUUGUCAAAUUUUAUCAUUACCAAUGGCUUCAAUGUCUGCUUAUGAGUCUGGUACAUGGACUGCAAAGCAAAACAAGGCGUUUGAAAAGGCUUUGGCAGUAUAUGAUCAAGACACGCCUAAUCGAUGGGUGAAUGUUGCAAAGGCCAUUGGUGAUAAAACUGAAGAGGAAGUGAAGAGGCACUAUCAGCGUCUUGUGGAGGAUGUCAAGCAUAUUGAAUCUGGUGAUGUUCCUUUCCCCUAUCGAACUUCUCGAGGUGCUCGUGACACUUGACGAAUGAUGAAAAAGAGGAUGAAAAGUAUGAAGCUCCAUUAAUAUUUGCCAGCUCGUGCAGUAGUGGAGGAAUAAAAGAAGAAAGAGCCAUUUUCUUGCUGUUGUUUCCCAUUUAAAUGCUAUUAUUGCAAUACUUUUUUAAAAAAUAUCACCCAUCUACAGUUUUGUCCUUUGAAUAUUUAACCUAUUGAAUAAAACUAUCAAUCUUAUAAUUUUUGAGAUUGGAGAAGUCUUUAUGUAAA